GCGACUUGUCUCCAGGCCUAGCGACAAUAUGGCGGACCUGUCUCUGGACGAGCUGAUCAGGAAGCGCGGCGUCAGUGUAAACAUGAAGGGGAGGCUGAGCACCAGGCCAGUAUUUGGUGGUAUCAGAUCUCGAAUUGGAGUCCAACAAACUUUUCUUAGCAGGCCAGCAUCAAGUGCUGGUUUCCAACGGACAUUUGAUGCACGUCAAAAGAUUGGAGUUACUGAUGCCCGGCAAAAAAUUGGUGUGAAAGAUGCUCGGGAGAAACUGCUUCAGAAAGAUGCCAGGUUCAAAAUUAUAGGGAAGGUACAGGAUGCCCGAGAGAUGCUCAAUUCUCGAAAGCAGCAGAGUGUUGAGAAGGUGACCAAAGUUGUUGAUGCCAGAGAGAAGAUUAGCUUGAAAAGGAGCGCGCCUGCUGCAGCCAUUGUAAACACAGCUAUGGAAACAGUGGCCCCUGCCAUGAAGAUAACAAAAACCAUUCAACAGAAGGCUGCAACUCCAACACACGCUCACCCUGCAGGUAUGAAGAUCAAUGUUGUGAACAAUCACACCCACAAACAGUGCCUGUAUGAUGUGGAAGAUGAUGAUGAAACUGUAUCUCCCCUUCCUAGCAAACAGAUGAAAAUUACUACCACAAACAGCUUUCUUCAUAAUGCAGCUGGGCUCAGUGGCAGUAAGUUCUCUCUAUCAAAGACUGUUCCCCUCACAAAAGUGGUCCAGAAUGACACCUAUACAGCCCCCUCAUCUCCACCUUCUCCCAUCCGGACAAAGACCCUGACAAACAUGUCCCGAACCUUGGUGACCAAGGAAGAACCCCCUAAAGAGCCUGCACCAGUUGAGCCGGCCUUCAGCCCAUUAGAAGGUACCAAGAUGACUGUGAACAAUUUACACCCUCGAGUCACAGAGGAGGACAUCGUUGAGUUGUUCUGUGUAUGUGGUGCUUUGAAGCGAGCCCGUCUAGUGCACCCUGGAAUGGCUGAGGUGGUGUUUGUGAAAAAGGACGAUGCCAUCACUGCGUAUAAGAAAUACAACAACAGGUGUUUGGAUGGGCAACCGAUGAAAUGCAACCUUCAUAUGAAUGGAAAUAUCAUCACAUCUGACCAACCCAUCUUGCUUCGAUUAAGCGACACCCCCUCAGUGAAGAAAGAAGGUGAACCUCGUCGGACAAGUGUAGCAGCCUCCUCAAAUCCACCUGCUGAGGUAGACCCUGAUACCAUCUUGAAGGCACUCUUCAAAUCCUCGGGGACCUCCUCCUCUGUGCAGCCUACAGAGUUCAAAAUCAAACUUUGAGGAGUGGAAAGCAAGAAGUGGACUGGAAAAUGCAUUGAGCACGGGGAAUAGGGAGACUCAUGCAGGAACACAACUGUUACUGCAGUUGACCGUGCUGAGACCUAUGUUUUUCUACAAUUGCUACCUUCCUGUACAAUAGAAAUCUCCCUAAUGUAUGUGUUCUGUUUUCAUAGUUGGAGUUUCUGUCCGCAUAUUUCUAAAGGAUUAAUCUUCCCUUCCUCCAGUGAGAAAUAUAGCACCAAGCUUAGUCCAUGUAACUCCUUCCUUUGUUUCAGUCCCCGCAGUAGCCAGCCAGGAAAGGUGCAUCUGGCAAUGUGUGCAACAAGCAUCUUGUUUGGGCUUGCAUCCUUUGAGUGCGAGAUAGUCUUUUUACUUUUGACUGGUGAUAAACUACAUUUCAUUUUCAGUGCAACAGUGUCUGGGUCUGAGACCAGGUGUGGGGCUGGACUUCCACAUUCUUAAUAAUAUCUUUAGCAAAUUUUGAAACUGUAACAUUAAGUUCAUGCAGCAUCCCAUAGUAAGUUAAGGCACCUCCUCUGUGAAGAAGGAAGGGACUGUGCAGGCAGUGGGAGGAAUUGUAUGGGUAUGGGAACAUAGCAUGUCUUACGUUUUUAUUCUCUGCCUGGUCAUGUUGAACGUUUAUUAGCAAGAGAAGAAAGGGCCUCAACACUGAUGUGGUCUUCAGUUCGAAGAUGUCUCAGAGAUGCUUUCUCAUCCUGGGGAUGCAUGGGCUUUGUUCAGCUGUAAAAUAGUCCUUUACACUUUGUUUGUCCUCUCCUUGUCAACUGUUCCAAGAUGAGACAAAGUGGCUUUACUCCCUCUCCCCUUCAGCUUUUCAGGAAUGGUCAAAACAAUCCACCUUUCUUUUAUUAUGCUUUGAAAGCACUGCAGUCAGUAGAGGUCCUCAUCAGAUCUAAAUUCAUGCCAACGUGUGCCGAACAUGAAGAUUGCUGGGAGAAUAAACUUCUAGAGGUCUUGGAACUGCUUUGAGGGCUUCUCAUCCUGUGCUGCCCUUCCUUCAUUCCACAGCAAAGGUUCCUUGCUCACUAAGGUGAGUUCAGUCACAGAAACAACUUCCACCUCCUUCUCUUUAGAAAUGUUUCAUAGUGAAAAUGGCAUCUUUUAACACUCCAUUAUAUUUGGGCCAGACUACGCUACUGCUGUGCAGCACUAUUGCUUACUUGUCUGUACUGGAAAAUAGCAACGUGCCACAUGCAGUCGAUAUUGAGAGACAUACACCAGUUUGGCAUACAACAGGAGGUAGGGAGUGAACCAAGUUACAAGUUAGGAGGAUGCACGUUUUGUCCAUCUUUCACUGAAUUGCCAGUCUUCACUAGGAGAUAUGCACUCCUUUUUGUUAAUAUCAUGUUACCCAGUGAAAACAGCAAAUUGUCAACAGUUUAAACAAAUGUAUUAAUUUAAACUAAAUCCAAGUGAAGGAUACUAAAAGCUACCUCUAAAUUAUGGCUGGGGGUGGGUGGGUUGGCAGGCUUAAAUCUCUAUCCUUCCAGCUACGAAGUUAGCUUUCUGUUAAUCUGUGCUGAAAUCCCGUAGUGUAAUUAGAUCACUUUUAUAGCAGAGCCUGCUGCUCUGUGAAUUCUGUAUCUUUUGCUUUUGAUCUCUACAGUCUCUUAGUUUCAUCUGGUUACCUCCCAGCAGAAGCCUCCGGGACAUGAAAGGAGGCUUGUUUCCAGUGGGAUUUGCUCAUCUGGAGUAUUCAUUUUGGUCUGAUCAUAAUGUUACCUUUACUAGGGAGAUGCUGCUUGUAAACUGCAGAUCUUUUGUGUGUGUACAGAAUUGCAGAUCCCUGUCCCAGACAUCUGUGCUUCACUAGGAAUGGUUAGUUACAGGGGAAGGGAAGGCUGGGGCUGGAGGACACUAUGUAUUAUGUUUCUGAAUAAACAUUUGUUAUACAGAGACAGGAUUCUGCACCAGUUCUUUACACUGCAAGGAAACAAAAAGGUAAAUCAGUGGAGAGGGCAACUUUUCUACUGAACUUUGGAUGCCCUUUCUUUUGUCCAGCCAACAGAAUUGAUGGUCAGACUUCCCCUGGACUGUCUCACUAAAGGCAGCCAGGGAAGGCUUGCUUGUUGGAAUACCACCCAGUGGUGUUCAGCCUGGCCGCCUCUCUGACGUGACACAUGACUGUGGCCAGGUAUGCUUUUUUGGGGGGAUGUCUGAGAAGCUAUGAGGAAAAAAAGUGUUAUCAGAUGUAUAAACCAGAUUAUGCUAUCAGUUCAUUCUUCCAUUACAUGUCUGUUUCUCUUUUCCCUGAUUAGCCCCAAGCUUAUCCUGGUGGGUGUUUUGACAGUUCUAGCACAAAUUUACGUACCAUCUUUGUCUACGAAGGAAAAUCCUCUGUGGAAGCUUUAAGGCUUUUAUGAUUUAGUUUUCAUCUAACAAAAGGAUUAUUUUGUGCAAAGUUUUAUAGAUGUGUGGAAUGAUAACAGGGCAAAGUAAGAAGCCAGCACUGGGAACUGGAGUGUGGUAUUUAAAGGGCUUUAUAACCCCCAAAUCAACAGAGUUGUAAAAGUGAUGAUAAAGGUGUUCAGGUUGCUGCGCAGAUUAUUUUACAAAACAGAAUAAAGAAAAUGCAACCUAAACGGUCAAGUAUUAUUGUAUAAUAUUAAUUCUACAUAGUAGACUUCAUUGGUUGUAGCAUUUACUGAUUAGAUGAAAGUAUUUUUUGAUUCCCAGCAUAUACCUCCAAAGUACUAUGAAAGUCACUACUAUGGAAGUCAGUCCCCGUGAUCAUGUAAUCAUUUGAGUUCAUCACAUUUCAGUCUAGAAAUAUAACAUUCUGCACCUUCUGAGGAACAUUAGAGUUUUCAAAGAGAAUAAUUUGACAUGAAAUGGGAAAUGCCCGAUCAUUAUGGAGCGGCUAAGCCAGUCAGUGUUGUUCUCUAUGCACUCUCUCUUGGGGAUUCAUUCAGACUUCUGACCCUGGGUAUACUCCAUGCAAAAGGCCCAGAAGAGAGAGUGUGUGACAUUUUCUCACUGUCCAGAGGAUGCUAUGUGGCAAGGCAACAAACGGCACAUCAAAGCUCCACAUUGAACAGUAAUACAUGAAAAGCUUAAAUCCAAACCGAGGAUUCUUCAAUUUUCAAUUUAUAAACCGAAGACAGCUCAAGUUCUUGAGACUGCUACACAUUUUCCAAUAUCCUUUCUUUCCUGUAUUGUUGAUGUGACCAGAAGGGGAGGGGGCUGUCCUGGGUUUCUGAGUGAUAUUUGGACUUUGCUGGCUUCUGUCUUUCCAGUUAGAUGAUUCUCACUAUUUAGUUUUUCUUCUGUGAAUGCAAGUGCUGUCAUCUAACAAUAACAACAGCUCAAAACAACAAGACAGCACAGCACAUGCACUGAAAGUUGGUAUGGAGGUCUUUAGAACACAACUUGAAAAAUCCUCCCUUCAAAAAUGUUUUUAUUUGUAAUAUCUAGCCUGCUGAAGAGCUCUGGUGAGCACCAAAGCUUGCACAAUGUUUCGUGAUAUUUGAGUUGGCCCUAAUAAAAAUUAAUUACAUGGA